CAAUAGGUCUAAAAAAAAAGAAAUUACCGAUGACAUUGACAGAUGACACAACACACUCGCAGUCGCAGCGUAAUCGGCGUUUAUUGUAUUGUAAAAUUUUAUUAAGAAACUAUCUAAGUUUAAUAAAUUAUCAGUGUGGUUAAGAGAUAACUCACACUGAAUUUACAUAAGAGUUUAUAAUUGUGAACUGACUAACGUACAGAUAAAAAAAAUACUUGUAUCAUGGAGGAUGUAAAAAAUAUUCGUUUAACACCCAUGCCAGAAUCCAAAUACGUGAAGCCGAUUAGGUUCCACUACACUCAGAAUGGGAAAGAAAAGAACUGGGAUCUGCUGGCAGUUCAUGACAGCGUGGCUAUCGUUAUUUUCAACGUUUCGAGAAGGGUUCUGGUGUUAGUAAAACAGUUUCGUCCAGCCAUGCACUACAACAGCAUUCUCCCUGAAGACCGUGAAAAAGGUACCAUAGACAUUGAAAAAUAUCCGCCUUCUCUGGGGCUGGCCCUUGAGAUAUGUGCUGGGAUUGUAGAUAAGGAUAAACCUGUCUUGGAUAUAGCUAUAGAAGAAGUGUUGGAAGAAUGUGGAUAUAAUGUACCUGCUGAGAAAAUGGAAAAGAUUAUUUCUUACAGGUCAGGAGUUGGUGUCCAAGCUGCUCUGCAGACCCUCUUUUUCUGUGAAGUGUCAGAUGACAUGAAAACUGAACGCGGUGGAGGUGUCGACGACGAACUUAUAGACAUUGUGGAGAUGUCGAUACCCGAGAUGGAAAAGUUAUUGAGCUCCCCAGGGCCGGUGCAAAGCCCGCCUAGCUUCCUGUUUGCCAUGAUGUGGUUCUUACAUAAUAAGGCUAAAAAGUAUAUUCGUUCGUUCGACUACCCUUGCUCUGAAUGCAAAAGGCACAAAGAACGAGUUUAUGAUUGGCUGAUUCAGUGACGUAAGUCUAUCCGAUAUACAGGAUGUUAUUUCACGUAUACUUACUUUACAUUAGUUAGACAGUAUUUUCUGUAAGCACAUCAGUAUGUAGAUAGUGCUAUUGUAUUACAGAGUCGAGUUACAAACAAAUAAAUGAGUAGAGUUCAUCAGUAAUUCGAUACGUACAAGUUCUAUAUACAACCAUGAUAUAAAAACAUUAUUAUGUUAAAAACUGUUAAAUAAGUUGCAUGCAUUUUAAACUAAAUGAUUGUGCCUUAAAAAACAAAUGAUGACACGGUCUACUAAUCAGUUUCCAUUGUAUUGUGAAAUCAGACGUAAAAUUAGCAUGGAAUAUUUGUAAUAGCUAAUUAGAACUUGAUCACUAUGUAUGACCUAGUUAAAUACAUAAACAGUAUGGUUAAGAGUUCUAUCACACUGGCGAAUUAUAAGCGUGUAGAGAACACAGCGACAUAGACGCGAGCGCUCAACGGUUUUACCGCAAGCGCGCAAUAAGUUGGCCACAAGCGCGCAACGACUUUGCCGCAAGCGCGCCGAACAACGAGUUCGCCGCAAGUCGAUGAUCUUGGCGAGAGCGCCCUCUGUGUUUUUGAGCGAGAUAGCCUCUGGCUUUCACCCGCUUGCGUCUUGAUCUCGACAGUAUGAUAGUGCCCUUAUAAUAAUAAGUAUUAAGACUAUUAAGUUACUGGACAACCAGUGAAGCUUAUAUUAGUUCCUAUGUAAGAUGCUUACGAAAAAAAAAAAAAUAGUAUUUUAAUGCGGUCACAAUUAUCCAUAUACCCAUGCUCUCAAGUUUUUAGAUUUUUAUAGCUUAUACUUUAUAUUACUUAUACCUAAUAGUAGUAUUUGGUUACGUAAAACCCUCUCUUCUUGCAAACAUACGUUAGGGGUACAAGUUUUCUGCUCACUGUAAGAUAAGCAGACAUGGUUAUCUAAAUGAACUAUAGUUUUUAGUUUAUUACUUCUUUAACUGAGGUUAAGGAUCAAUUCACUAGUUAAUAGUCAUAAAUAUUACGAUGUUUGUUUAUAUUUUUUGCUUUUAUGCAUGUAUACAUUAUUUUACAUGAAUAUUAUUACUUAAAUUGCUUUUUUUUCGCAGAUGAUUUAUACAAGAAUAUAGCUAAGACAUAUAUAUCUUUUAUCCUAAUAAAAUGUUAAUUUCAUCCUUUUAUUUUUUUGUUGUUUACGGUUAGUAAGUGCAUAAUUUGAAACUGUGAUUAUUGUGAUGUGUUUCUGAAAUAUGAAGUUGUUAAUAUGC